GCUGUCCUAAAUUAACUGAACUUUGUGAAGUGGUUCCUUUGUUAAGACCUCUGCUAAGUUUUAUUAUUGACUGGUCAUGCGUAUAGUACAUUAUGCAGACAUUAAAACACUACGGCGCAUAUAUUCAUCCUAGGCUUCCCUUGCGUUAAGCGUACUUCGCGCCCGUCUCCCGUAUCCAUUCCAUAAGAGGCAUGGUUCAGAGCGCACCAUAUUACCCCGAAAUAAUGAUUAAGAUGCUCUUCUACCGCUGCCCUCCUAAGGCAGUCUGAGUAUGGCUCAGGCCCGCCCUACAGGUGUGCCUUUGCCUGGGCCAGCCGGGCGCGGCGACGAUGUCGAUAUAGUGCUCGGUACGUUGAGGAGCCGUUUGCGCUAUUUGCGCUCCUCACGGGAAGGCACGGUCCCAAACACGACGGAUGAUUUCCCUGCAGACGACUUCAGGCAGUUGGGAAGCCAAUUGCAGGCGUGGCCGGGCUAUGUAACAGAACCUGUUCAGGUUGUAGAUGCCGCCGGCUUCACAGAUGAGUGGGUCCGAGCGACCGGGCUUCAGACGCCCGCGCUCGUGCGCGGCUACGGCACGUAUGCUUCCUUCCUGCGUCCAUUGCUUCAGGACAUGCGGGACCUUGUGCUUCUGUCAAAGGAGCUCGGCGAGGAUAGGGAGAUCCAAACCCUAGACGUGGCCAAGCAGGCCCCCGGCCCCAAGUGGACCAUGCGCCAGUGGUGCCUCUACUGGAAGGAGCGCCAAACCCUGGGGCCACACCCCGAACCCCACCCCGGGGCCGCGGGCGGCGGCCCGGGGGCAUCCUCAGCAGCUGGGGCAGGGGCGGGGGCGGGGGUGGGUGGGUUGCCGCGGCGCGCGGGGUCGGAGGCGGCGGCGGUCCGCGGCUCCGCUGCUGCGGCCGCUGGGCUGAGCUCCGCGGACGAGGGAGCUAACACGGAGAUGGAGGACGAGGCGGACAGCGCCUUCGUGCACCAGGGCGAUGUUGACCAGUUCCGCGAGACCAGCGCCCCGCGCAAGGGCAUCCGCGAGUCCAACAAGCGCCGCCUGCUGGCCCUCACUUGUGCAGCCCUCACCGACCACCCAGCAGCCGCGCCCACCGCCUCAGCGGCACUGCGGGUGCCGCCGCCGCUGGCCGCCGCAGACCUGGUGGCGCAUGUGGGGCUGGCACGGG